UCAUUGCUUCAUGACGAUUCAUCCUCAUGGAGACACUGUUGGUAUUUUAAAUCCAAAAAUUGUCCUUAAAUUCGCAAAGCUGGCACCUUCCUGCGCGCGGUCGACUGCGCAUCCGAUGCCACAGGCUGCGGGCUCUCAUUAGCCAUCACGGAAGUAUUUUUCGCUAAUAAACUACGACUGCAGUUUAUGUAACGCCACAUGAAUACCGAAAAAUAUUGUCUACUAUCAAUGGGAUUCCGUGUUGAAUUUUGAAAAUGAGAAGUGAACUUUGAAAAGCAACGAAACAAAAUUCAGAAAUAUACGUGUGUUGCAAACUCGACAAGUAGUAAGGACGCUGCCCACAGGUGUUCCCACAGGUAUACUGAAGGUGUGUAAACAAAGUAUUGAGAACCAAGGGUAUUCGUGCUUUUCGCUACGUUUUGGUGGGCUGUUGGCGUGAGCUCCAGCGUGAUUCCCCGCCAUGGCCUGUUCGCUCAGGAAUAUCAUCAACUUCGGCCUCCUGCUCGCUGUCAUCGACCUGCUGCACGGAAUAGCCACCUGCGCCUUCUACGGCUAUGAGCUGGCCAUCCACUACAGGUGCCACUGGAACCACGGCAUUCGCUGGUGCCAGUACUACCUCUACCACACAGACCACAGCGUGCGCGUGAACAUCGGCAUCGCGGAGGGCGUCGGCGGCCUCUUCUUCUCCACCAUCCUCAUCAUCGGCCUGUGCAAGUACAAACCCGUCGUGACCUGGAUGUGGCUGCUGAAACCCAUCGCCGUGAUCAUCAUCAACGUGUUCUUCCUGAGUCGCUGGAUGGUGCAGAGGUCCCGCUCCUACCACAGCUUCUGGAACCGCUACAACAACGACCAGGAUAACGUGUUCGUCUUCGCGGGGCUCGGCCUCACGCUCGUGCAGUUCUUCGUGAUGCUGUUCUUCUUCUGCAUCAACGGCUCCUUCACCUACAAGAUCCGCAAGCAGCGUGUUCCCACCAUGGAGACUGACAUAUGAACCGGGGUGUAUAAUCUCACCACCAUGGAAACACGCAUUAAGUGAGGCACUGCAUGUUGACCCGCAUGUGAACCAUCUCCAUUACUGAGAGAAAAACAACAACAACAAAUACGUCAGGUGCCAUACUUCGUGGGGACCAACGCAGUCUAUUUGUAAGGUAAUUUGCCAAAGAAGAGGAGGCGCCCGGGGGAUCUGCACAAGAGGAAUCGUCAGAAGAAGAGGAUCAGCUUCCCGCCCUGGAAAUCAGACUGAUUCUCUUCACUUGCAGAAACCUCGUGCCUUUUCUUCCGCUCAGAUGAAAGUGAUUGUUGAAUUGUGGGAUAAACGCAUGACUUAUUCUUACUUGUAUGUCGUCCCGUGCCCACUUUACGUGAUUUAUGAACCCACCACAGCGGAAAUCAGAAUGUGAAUUACUCAAUGUGUGUUCCAUACCCACCGCCAUGGAGGUUAGAUUGAGAGAUACACACCCAACUUUAGAGAGCAGCUCAAGAGGCAGCUGUCUGCUCGAGGCCUCCUGUAUACAGUUUUACGUGUAGUAUAUUUUCGAAGGAAUUUUGUGGUCAUUUCCACUUUUUGGGGGAUGUUUUCUUUGUACAGAUUUUUUAAUGUUCGCUCUCUGGAGACCUAGUUUACUGAAUGCUUUAACUGAAUCUCUAAGUCUUCUUUACAAAACUAAAUUAGCAAUGGAAGGAAGUUGACUGUAUAGCUUACCUCCAUUCAGUUAUUUUUAUUACUGAAAUGUAUAACAGUGCAUUUAGAGCCUGAACAUUAUUGUAUAUUUCUCGUUAAUGUGAUCAAAUUUCUUUUAUUGUGAUGAAGCUAAUGUAUUAUACAUGUUGCUCCCAGUGUUUGUUAGACAGAGAGACAUUGCAUUAUGUUUGUGUCUCUCUGCGUCACCGUAGCAUAGUGUUCAUUGUGCCAAAAGGAAAGCAAAGGAAUUGCCAAGAGAGUGCCAGUGUGUUGCUUAAAGGUUGUAGCACAAUAAAAUGAAAAAAAGAAAGAAAAACAAGACAUGAUUGAUCUAGCAAAUAAUUUAUAAUGGCGAUGGCAUUUCCCUACAACCAGUCUAGAUCUACAAGGCUGUUAUCGUCCGGAGGGUAUGUGUAUGUAUAAAACACGCACACGUACUCGCACACGCACGUGCACACGCGCACACACACACACACACACACACACACACACACACACACACACACACACACACACACACACACACACACACACACACACACACACACACACACACACACACACAACACACAGAAAUUCAGACAAUAUAACAAACACGAAAUACACAUUACCGAUCCCACGUCCCCACAGAACUACCCUUUGUCGGCCUAGAUUCCGCGGCGACAGAGAGCUGGCCGCGUGUUGCGUGAUUCCAGCGCCUUAUGUCUUCUCCCUUGGGCGUCCAGGCGUGUGAAUGAAUUCCUCUCGAGUUUAAUUUCUUGUUUCGAGGAGAGAGAACUGACGAAAGAGUGUAUAAAGUAUCUAUAAGUUUUACCGCAUUUCUCUAUUUUUUUAUGGAAUUGACCACUUACUAAAUAACAAAGAUUUUGAAGAUUAUUUUCGAAUUAUACAUGAAGUUGAUUAUUAAGGAGUAUUGUUAUAUCUUGAUGUUUUAUUAGAUUGUUAUACUUCAGUAAAACUGUGUUUGAAUAUUUCAUUUUAAGGUGGGUAAUAAAUUGCAGAUUUUAUAAUCACGUAUGUUUUAGGUAUGACCGAUCAGUAUGCUAUUUUAUAUAUGUACAAUUUGUGUGUGUGUGUGUGUGUGUAUGUGUGUGUGACCAAGCUAACAUUUUCUUGCUUUCAUCUGCUUCUUAGAUCGAAACCUCGAUGUUGUUUGUACCAAACAGCAACGCAAAAAUAUAUUAUUUAAAAUGUUUAGUUGCACAAGGUCAAUUCAAAACAGUGAUAGAACAAUCUUAUAAUGAACUUAUUUUGUCCUCUCCCCUCAACCAACUGUAUUUAUAUUAAUCUGGUGUAAUUACCAUAUCAACAGCUUAACGACCCCAAGAGGCGACAUUUUAUCAUGAGCCUCAGUCCCUGGAAUUCGAGGUCUUGCUCAAACCCCUUUCGACACCCCGAGGCCCCAGAGACUCCCCAUUAGCAUAUUUCUAACACUCCGAAAGACGCUUGAUUACAAUUCGAAAACCAAAAGACCGAUUUUUUCAUUCUUAACUUAUCGAAGAAAUUCAAAUCUCCAAAAGAUCCAUUAUUUCACCCUUAGCUCUUAAAAGGACACCGUUUUCUUAAUUUACAAGAUGUUGAUAUUAAUAAUAAUAUAUUAAUAAUAAUAUACCUUACAUUUUACAUCGAUAAAUUACAAGGACAGUUAGUAGGUUUAUCAAAAUAAUUUCGCUAACUUUUUAUCAUAUACUUUAUUAACAGCUCACAAAGACAACAACUUAGCGAGUGUUUUUGUCAUUGUUGUUUAUGUCUUUAUUUUUUCUUUAAUCAUCUCAAGGACAUAUGGAGAGCGACAAGGCGCACAGGCGAUCGCGCGCGAGAGAAAGAGAGAGGCGGGAAGUGACACAUUCAGAAAUCCCAGCAGAGCGCGACCGCAUUAGGCGUAGUUCUGGUGUAGCCUUCAGCAGCAUUAUUCUUAGGAUAUCCGGUGUCGUUUGCGUCAAUAGGAGAA